UAGCAUUUUGGUUUGGUGUCCGCGUUAUUUUGUUUUGUGACAAUAUGAUAUAAAACAUAUAUUUUUUAAGAAAAUAUAUGGCGUAUACCAACAAAAUUGUGAUAUCCAGUGGCUUUUCUUAGUUUUUCCAUCUUUUAGUGCUAUGUGUUCACUAUAGUCGCAUUGCCGCGCUGUUUCUUGUUAGAUUGAAUUCAAAAUGGCGUCAGUACUCGAUUGUGUUUAUAGAUAGACGCGAUGGCAUGUGUGUUCAAAGUUGGCUAAAAAUAGAGGACUUGCAUAAAGCUCAUUGUAUUAAUAGUUGUUAAAAUGUCUAACACAGUUAUUACUAAUUACACGGACUUAAAUGGACCCUCAACGAAAUCUGAUAAUUCUGUGGUUGUUAUUGUAAACAAGGAUGGAUCGUUGUCGGUUGAUCAGAAUUUACUUGGUACUCUAAUGGGUACAGAUGGUUCUCAAUCUGCUGGUAUCAGUGUUGUGCGUGUUGGGCAUGAGGGGCGGCCAGAUGAUGCUACUGACUCAGAGAAUGAAGAUGAUAAAGUGCCUCAUGUUACAUUAUCAGUAGACAGCUAUUACAAUGAACCUGCCAGCAUAAUCAAAUAUGAUAGUGGAGCAGAAAUGUUACAGUCAUUGAGAAUAGAAACUAGAGAAAAUAGCCUUGUAGGCUUUCAAAAUGAUCAUUGUUAUACACCACUUACAUCACCAAGUCAAAUAAUACCACAGAGAAAUGACAGUUUUGCAGCAUAUGAUGAUCCAGUUAUUGAAAUAACUAAUACACCACCACCCAAACCAGUGGCAACACCCAAAAAGAUAACCAUAUUGGAACAGCAAAUCAUUCCGAAAGGGAAAAAAAUCAUUUUAAACACAUCAGAGCCACCUAUAAUUCUUAAAGGAAAUGACAUUUUAACUAAACCCUUACCAGUGCUAAUGAAAUCUAAACUACAUGAAUCAGAAAAGUCUUCUAAAUCUCAGCUUAAAACCGAUGAAAAUCUUGAAUCAUCAUCUGUCAGCUCUUCAGGUGAUAGUACGGCAGAUAGAGAUUCUGAUUCUGAUUAUAAAGAUGUCAAAGAUAAAACAGGUCCAUUAAAGCAAAGAAAGAUAAAAUCUAAACCAAGAAUCCUUAAAAUGGUGCCGCCGCCUAGAACUGCUAAAAUUGAAUCCAAAGUACCGUCACGACUAAGGGCUAAUAAAAACCUUAUAAAGAAAGAUAUUAAAGAAAAACUAUUAAAUAAAAAUCUUAUGUUAGAUAAGAAGAUGAUGGAAGCGGAACCAGUUAAAAACAAUCAAAAUUAUUCCCUAGUGGUAUCAGUUUCACCGCCGACCGUCACUGAUAUUAGUAAAGUGACACCAAAAUCAGCAUCCAAAGUUGUCAAGAAAGACAAAAAAACACCAGCACACAUGACAGCUCUGUUGACAGACAUGACUUCUCUGUUUUCUACACCAGAUGUAAUAAGAAGAGUUUCUACUGAAAACAAAGUGCCUUCUAAAGUAGAUAAAGAACCUAUACUGCUUAACAAAACUCUCAACGAUAUAGCCAAGCCCAUCAAAGCCAUUGAAGGUAAAAUAUUGACCAAAACUACCAGUACAGAGGAAAUGAAAUCAAUAACAGCUCAGAAACCUCUAUUGAAACAGACCAAAAUACCUUGUACUUCCAAAAGUUAUGAUCCAAUACCACAACUUGAUGAUGCAAGUUUAGCUCAAAUCCUGCAGGAUACACCUCAAAUGAUUAAGGCACAACCAAACAUAUCUUCUCAUGUUAUUAAUAGCCCGGGUUUGGCUGGCCCACUCUCUCCGACAUUAGAUUUAUUAGGGGGCUUACAACCAGAAGAAGAUGGUUUAACAGAAGAUCUGUUAAUGCAUGUAGCUCAGUUGGUCGAAAGUUCAGAGAAUCUGCAAGAGGUAAUAGAUAAGCAAGUAUUGGGAAAAGUUGAUAUUUCUGCCAAAGCGGCAGUAGCUUCACCAUUCAACCAGUCAACCUCUAAUGAUCUCUACACGCCGCCGCCAAAGGCCGUAAAGUCUUUGAUUCAACGUAAAGAUCCCAUUGAAAUAGUCAGGCGGGAUGGCAGAGUCAUAACUCUACCUCCUAUUGAAGCACCAGCUACGAGGUCCUCUAAGAGAAAAACACAAGUAGAACAACCCAUGGAACCGACACAAGUAUUAGGUUCAUCAACACCAACUCAUCCUGUGUCAGUGACUCCAGAACCCUUAGUUCAACAGGUUUCUAAGCAGUACACGAAUAAGAAAUUAGUACCUAAAAAGCAAGAGCAAAGCAUUCCUAUGUCAGUUAUCGAUAAAAUGUCAGCUGAAUCUCAAGAGAGUUGGAAUUCAGAAGAUGACCCUAACAGGCUUUGGUGUAUAUGUAAACAACCACAUAACAACAGAUUUAUGAUAUGUUGCGAUGGUUGCGAGGACUGGUUCCAUGGCAAAUGUGUCAAUAUUACAAAAGCCAUGGGACAACAGAUGGAAGAUCAAGGAAUUGAGUGGAGGUGCCCUAACUGUGUCAAAAAUGCUAAAGCCUCGGCAAAAAAUACAAACAAGGUACCGACAGGACAAAAGGAUAAUGUAGGAGUAAGUACACCAACUGCUAUCACAAAAGAAUUGCCCUCAAAAACAACUUGCAUAGUUUGUAAGAAACCUGCACGUGCUAGUAGUAUUUAUUGCAGUGAUGCAUGUAUUCUUAAACACGCUCAAGACUCCCUCGGGAGUCAUAGCACCGCCCCAAACAAUGAUAGCACUAGUGGCAAAAAUGAGAAACCCAAUUCUGAAUCCAGGGUUAUCGUUUAUGAGAGAAAAUCUGGAAGGCUACUUGCCGGUCCGAACGCGCCCACUGCUGAAAAUCUAAAGGCCUGGUUACAAAAGAAUCCGACUUUCGAAGUGGUGCGUCCAGGAACGUUGAGCGCCAUUAAACCGAACGUUACACGCAAGAAAUCGUUGAAUGAACCGGCAAAAAUCCAAACUACGUUGAAUUUUGCAAGGAUUCCUAGAAAAUCUUCCGAAACUCCACCUCUCAAAUCUCCAUCAAACGAACCAAAGGAAAAAGAAAAACCCAUUAUAUCACCAAAAGAAGAGGUGAAGCCUGCCGCUCCCCCAAAAACUCCCACAACGCCAAAAUCACAACCACCGACAGUGGAGACACCUAAGUCGUCCAACAAAGUUCCAAACGAAGGAAGGAAAGCCGCUCGCGCUACUUCAAGUAAAACACAGCCGGUCGUUGAAAAGACACCUUCAGUAUCACCGUCAACAUCACGAAGGAAGGACACCCCAGACAGGCGCUCAAGGAUGAGCUCCGAAGAUCCGAUCAGAGAAAAUGUCAGAAAAGCCCUACAGGAACAAAUCGCCAGUCGCAUGGCGGAGUAUGACGGCCCAAAGUUCACUGAGGAAGAAAUCCAACAGUUCGCCUACGACACGGAACUCGAGCUGCACGAAUUAUUUAACAGAGAUGUCGGAAUGAAAUAUAAAGCCAAAUACAGAUCUCUCAUGUUCAAUAUUAAGGAUAGGAAGAAUUUAUCACUAUGGGAGAAGAUAUGUGAGAAAGUUAUUACACCAAAGCAAUUAGUUAGAUUUUCACCGGAGGAAUUGGCCAGUCAAGAAUUAGCGCAGUGGAGAGACAAGGAGGCAAAACAUCAACUGGAAUUAAUAAAGAAAUCUGAAAUAGAUCUCUUAGCUGCAAGCAAAACUUACGUUCUGAAAACACAUAAAGGGGAAGAGGUAAUGGAAACAAAGGAGUCCGUGUCAACUGAGUUGGAUCCAAACGUACCAGUUGAAGACAUAGUGACGGCUUUAAACGAUGGAGUAGAAGACGAAACGCAACAAUCUAACAAAAAGGACGAAUCUCAAAAGAAACACACAAAGAAAAAAGAUAAAGAAAACCGAAAGAGUUCCAGGAAAAAAGAUAAAGAAUCGAGAAGGAAUUCAGAAAAGGGGAAGUCGCGAUCGACUAGACGGAAAUCUGAUGUACAAGGAAAGGAGAGAAGAUCAUCAGGGCGCGUGCGAAGAAGAAGUAGAUCGAGCUCGAAAUCAAAGAAGGAAUCCAGAGAAGAAUCAGUUUCCAGGGAACGUUCUAGACAUAGAUCUAGAUCGAGAGGAAAGAAGAGACAUUCCACAGAUAAUUCUAGAUCUCAGUCGCGCGGUCGGGAUAGAUCUAGGUCUAGGUCAAGACGGUCUCGGUCAAGAGACAGCACAAAAAGAAGACGAAGAUCGCGUUCCAAAGUCAGACAGAAUUCUGAUGAUAAAUUUAAACAUCGAUCAAAAUCACAAGAAACGAUGGCCAAAAAUAAAAACGAUUCAACAGAUUCAGAUUCAAUCGAGAGACCCAAAUCGGCUAUGAUGAAGGAAACUCACCCUGAGUAUGAUCCCCAUGAACCAAUGAUAACAUCGGCUUUCUCCGAGGAAGAUAUAAGAAAAUCCAGAGAAGACGUCUACGAGGAACGUUACAACAAGGACAUAUCUGACUAUUCAAAAGAUUUCGACAAUGAACAUAAGUCAUUUUCAAUUGACACUAACAUCGCCUUGUCCCCAACUAAAUAUGAAAAUCAAGACAAGACAUCCGCUGAGGUAGAAAGUGACCAGGAACCGACUAGUACAGUGGAGCACUCAGCGCCAACAGUAUGGAACGGCUGUAUCAAUAUGGUGGAUGUUGCUAGAUUCUAUGUUGCAGCUCACGAGGUUUCAGGUAAUGCUGUAGAUUUAGAGGACGAUCUCACUCCAGAAUUGGACAUAGUUGGACGAAUAAAUCCAGAUACCGUAUGGGAUUACAUCGCCAAGAUGAAAAGGGCUGGGAACAAAGAUAUAGUCUUACUGAAAUUACAAGCUGCUAAUGAUGAAGAACGAAUGCAAUAUAUAGCUUUAUACAGCUAUCUCAGUAGCCGGAACAGGCUGGGGGUCGUAAAGGUGACGAACACGGCUACAGUCAAAGACUUCUACAUAGUCCCCUUACCCGCCAACACAAGUCUCCCCGACGUUCUACUGCCUUUAGAUGGUCCCGGUUUAGGGGAAGUUAAGACACAUCUUCUAAUCUCGAUCAUCAUACGUCAAAGGAAAAAAAGAUUAGCUCCUAACAUUCCCAAAGAUAUUAUACCGGCAAAGGUCUCCCGUUCUCGCCGCGGGUCCCGCAAGCGGUCCUACACCCCGCCGUUAUCGCCGCGUAGACGACCGCCAUUCACCAGCUCGCUCUCUACAACCGUAAAAGACAAGAUCGCAGCCUCUUUAGCUGCUGAUGAGGAACCCUACAGUCCGGGAUCAGCGUCUAACAGUAGCAGUGCCCCGGGACCCUCGCUACCACCAAACACAUUGAGAAGUAAAAUGGAGGAAUUGAACAGACAGAUUGAAGAGCAAAAACAACAAAUACUUAAAAUGGCACAAGCCGACUCAUCCGCUGACGGCGAAAACGAGGCCUACUCGCCAUCGAGACCGCUGACCCCGCCCGCUCCCGUGGUUACAUUGGAUGAAAUAGCACUACCUUCAAAUCUUCAAGAGAUCCUUGCCACAAUCAAACAAAGAUCCGAGACUGCCGCAGAUGUUGACAUGCGUACAUUACCUAUGCCUUAAGUUAUAUAAUUUACAAAUAAAAAAAAUAUAUAUUUUAUAUUAAAUAAUAGUUUGUUACAUGCAGUGUCGAUUUAGUAUUAAGUUGUAGAUAUAACGCGUUAUCAUCUACAUUCUACAUGGAAAACUCCAGUACAUAUUAAACUUCUUGGUUUUUUGUAUUUGAGGAGUAUGAUAGGCGAAUGUAUUAAUAUAUGCAAAGCAUAUAAGUAGGGAAUUCGAUAGAACAUUUUAAAGUGCAAUAGGAUAUGAUAUAUGUUUUACGGAGAUAAUAAACAAUGAUUAGUUAAUCACAGUAACCUUAAUAAUUACAUAUUAGAUUCCAAGGUAUAACAUAUUUAUAAAUGUAAAUUCUUGAAGCGCAUUCUGUUUAAGAGCUGAAAAUAAAUGUAUAAAAGCUUACCCUUAAAUAACUAUUGUUACUGUUAAGUUUGUUAUUUAAAAUUUUGUUAGUCAAAUUGUCGAAAAAAAAAAUCUCUUAAAAUCUAUAUACUUUAGAUCCUGUAACAUCUAAGCUAUCUGAAUGAUCUCACUUAAAAUUUUGAUUAAAAUUUUAAUUUUUUAUGCUACCUUUUAUUCCUAUGAAUUCCGAAUUGUUGGUAAUGUAAAGUAAAUCACAGUUUCACCUAUAAAAAAAUUACUUAAUUGGUUAUGCUUUUUUGAAUAAUUUGAAGUAAAUUAUAUGAGUUUAUUGUAUGAGAAAAUGGUAUAUUGGUAAAAGAUGCUAAUUGUUUUUAGACAAAAUGAAAUGUAUAAAAAAAAUUAUUAAUGAAGCAGGUUCACAUAGAGAAAAAAACUGUGCAUCUGUUUUUUUUGUUUUCGACUUGAAAACUAGUAGUACUUUGUUAUUUGGGUAUUCCUAAUUAAUAAUAGAGAAUAAAGUUAGGAAAAAUCAUGUUGGAGCUGUGAUUUCUCUAAUGUUCUUUCCUGUAUAGCUUUUAUUCAGGGAUUUUCAGCUUUUCCAAACACCUAUAAAAAUUUUGAGAUUAUCAAGUUCAAUUGAGUCAUGUAUGUGAAUAGAUUAUGCUGUUUAGAAACUUUAGCACUCACUGGUUCAAUAAAAAUGUUCACAAAAUGUAGAUUAUGUGAUGUAUAUUAUAAUAUACAUGAAGUGUCUUUUUGGUUUAGAUUCUUUAAUAUAUUGUACAAAAUCUAGAUUUCUUAUUUUUAAGAAAAUGAAUAAAACAUUUAUUAUAAAGGGUAAAUAUACAUUUUUAAGGCUAAUAGAUAUAUGAAAUAAAAAAAAAAUAUAUUGAAA